AAAGAAGUGGAUAAUGGAAGAUGUAUGAACGGAGGUGGGAUUUAGUGGUCAGAAGGGGAUUUUGGAACGAUGAGUGGGGGUCUUGGUGGUGAAGGGAUUUUAGGAGGAGGACUGGGCGAUGAGGGAGGGAAGUGAUGGAUGUGGUGUAGAUAAAGAUGGUACUGAGGGGAGAGAGGGGAGAAAGUCAGAGGAGGAGGACAAAGGAGAAGAGAGUCAAUAUUAAGUUUAGCAGCCUUGGAGAGCAACUUAGAAGGAAUAGGAAGACUGGUUUCAGAAACAACUUUAAUGAUGAAAUAGUUGAUGAAGGAGUAUAUUCAGGUGUUUAUAAGCUUAGAAGCUCAAGAGCAACUACUAAGUCUACUCAGAUCAGUAUUUGGCUAAAUAAAUAAAAUGAGGAGUUCUAAAGAACCUAACUGUCUAAACUUCAGCUAUGAUAAUAUCUCACAACAAACCCAUGAAUCCUUCCCUGAGCAUAACUUCAAAUAAAACCAAGCCUCUGAAUCUAAAAAGGCCCAAACCUCCAAAAUAAAACCCUUAAAACAUCAAAAUCAGAAAUCUUCCAGAAACUAAGCUCAUUACCUACUAAAGGAAUGCAUGUGCCUCCAUUUCUCAGUUCAAAAUCUCAUAAAUUUUUGUUGCAACUCCAGAAGCUUCAGCCUUUGUUUAUAGAGUCUAAGGGAGCCUGUGCUGAAGGAAUUGGGAAUGUUGGGAAGGAGAGAGGGAAGUGAGGCUUUGGGGAGAUUGGAAAUGUGUUCUUGCCGAAGAGUGUAGCUGAAGGGUUUAGUUUGAGUUGAAUUAAGUAUCAUGGCAAAUUUGAAAAAUCUGUGGAAAUGAGGCAAUUAAAGGUUCCUUCAAAAAGACGGUUAUUGAGUAUCCCUAAAGUAAUAAAGGAAGGAAAAUCUAAGAGGAGUAAUAAACGAUAUCACGUGACUAAGGCUAGAAGCUCUUCAAUCCAAAAAUCAAAUUCCUUAAGCUCUUUGCUUAAGGUAAAUUCUUCAAAACUUCUAAAGUUCAAGAAUAAAUACAAUAUCAACUCCAAUGCCUUAAAAUUUCAAGGAAGAAGGCAGAGUGAAGGAGGAAGGAGUCAAUUGGGCUCUGAGCUCCUCGAACUAGGCCAAAAGAAUGACUAUGACGACAUUGGCCAGUUGGAAGAUCUCAGAGAAAAUGUCCCACUAAAGAUCUUUAAAAGUCCAAAAAUCCUUGUAAAACAUAAGAAAUCUCAAGGUCGGUUCAUCAUGAAGGGUGGGGCAAAGUACGAGGUGCUAAGCACGAGCAAGGUAGUUCUCUCAGGCCUGAACAAAUACAAGUAAACAAUUCGCGAAGCAUUCAAUAACUUCA